AUGAAAAGAAUAAUUUUAAUGCUGUUGAUGAUUGUGAGUCCCCAAAUAUUUGCAAGGACUUCAACCGCCACGGAAAUUAACAGCAACUCCAUACGCGAAUUAAGUGAUCGAAUUAAUCUAUUGGAAAAUCAAAUCGAACAGUUGGACAAGACAAUACAGCGAAGAUUUCAAAAGCUAGAGGAAAAGCUCUCCGAUCAUGGCAAUGUGGUUAUACAGCGACGCAUGGAUGGUUCAGUGAAUUUCUUUCGUCCGUGGGCGGAUUAUAAACAGGGGUUUGGCAACAAUUCUGGAGAGUUUUUCAUUGGUUUGGAAAAACUACACCGUCUAACGAAUUCCCGACCGUAUGAUCUCUUAAUUGUGUUGGAAGAUUGGGAGGGAGAUCGACGCUAUGCUAAAUACGACACUUUCAUUGUGGGUAGUGAAGCAGAGAAGUACUCACUUAAAAGCCUGGGGGCAUAUAGUGGUUCUGCCGGGGAUGCUAUGUCAGCCCAUUUGGGUCAAAAGUUUUCUACCUAUGACCAGGACAACGAUGCCUAUAAAAAGGGAUGUGCCAAUGAAUUUACCGGUGCUUGGUGGUAUAACAAAUGUCACCAGAGUAACUUAAACGGCCGCUAUUUAAAAGGGACUACCAAGGAAUAUGCCCAGGGUGUUAACUGGUAUCAAUUUAAAGGUCACCAUUAUUCUCUAAAAUUUGUGGAAAUGACAAUAAGACCUCGUUAAAUAAAAAUAAGA